CCGCUGGCUAACUCGGACAGCUAAUCUCAGCUAUGGUCCACCACCAGCACCCAUGUUUGGUCUGGUAAAUAAGAAGGAGUUUGAAAAGACUCAUCUACCUCUGGGUGGUUUGGAAAUAUGGAGUCUGCUUGGAUGUUACACACUAACCGGUGUCGCAGAGCUGCAUCAAAGCCAGUGAGGUGCUUGUGACACUGAUGCCAGCAGAGAGCACCCAGGAUGAGUGGAGCUGUAGAGCACACGGACAUCCUAUCAGUGGGUGAUGUGGUCAGGGACAGGUGGAAAGUGGCCAAAAAGAUAGGAGGAGGUGGGUUUGGGGAGAUCUAUGAGGUCCUGGAUCAGCUGAGCCAAGCCACUGUUGCCUUGAAGGUGGAAUCUGCUCAGCAGCCCAAACAGGUGCUAAAGAUGGAGGUGGCAGUGCUAAAGAAGCUUCAGGGAAAAGAUCAUGUUUGCCGCUUCGUUGGCUGCGGCAGAAACGACCGCUUCAAUUACGUAGUAAUGGAGCUGCAGGGGAGGAAUCUGGCAGAUCUGCGAAGAACAAUGAGCCGCGGUACUUUUUCAAUCUCCACGACUUUGAGGCUGGGGAAGCAGAUUUUAAAAGCCAUUGAGAGCAUCCAUUCUGUGGGCUUCCUUCACCGUGACAUUAAGCCUUCAAACUUUGCUAUGGGACGACUUGCCAGUACCUGCCGAUGCUGCUAUAUGUUGGAUUUCGGAUUAGCUCGACAGUUUACCAACUCCAACCAGGAAGUCCGUCCACCUCGUCCUGUGGCAGGUUUCAGAGGAACGGUGCGAUAUGCUUCAGUCAAUGCUCAUAAGAAUAAGGAGAUGGGUCGCCAUGAUGACCUGUGGUCCCUCUUCUACAUGCUGGUUGAGUUCAUGGUUGGACAGCUUCCCUGGAGAAAAAUUAAAGACAAAGAACAAGUAGGAAAUCUAAAAGAGACGUAUGACCACCGGCUAAUGCUAAAGCACCUUCCUCUAGAAUUCAACACUUUCUUGGAUCACAUCUUGACCUUGGAUUACUUCACCAAACCCGACUAUCAGCUCCUGAUGUCUGUGUUUGAGAAGGCCAUGAAGAGCAACAAUGUGUUGGAGAACGACCCGUACGACUGGGAGAAAUGUAACUCGGAGGAUGUGCUGACCAUCAGUGCCGCAGCAAACACUGCUCAGCAGCUUACUCGCCUCACCCCAGCUUACCUCGGCAUGGCCAAUGCCUCAGUGCUGCCGGGUGAGCUGCAGAGAGAAAACACAGAGGACGUCCUUCAAGGGGAACGCCUCAGCGACGCCGAUAACUGCCCCCCCAUCCCCACACCGACCACCGCCGGUGGAGACGUGUGGGAGGAGAUGGAUCGCAACCGCAACCUUAAACAUCCUCAGCCACUGAUCGGGAAGGUAGUGAGUGAGGAUGAACACAGCCAGAACCAGGGGAACCAGAGUCCGAACACCGGCUCUGUGCAGAGUUCACCCAGACGGGUACGAUCUGAGACGAUGUUCCUAGACCGAGCUGCACCGCUGCUCCGCAGGAUGAGGCACAGCCAGAGCUUGGCGUUUGAAAAUAGACUCGUGCCUGAGCCAAAGCCCACCAUUGAACGUUUGUUUGAAGCAUACUUGGGCAAACAGCGUCCGGUCCUCUGUCACGUUGGGGAGACGCCCAUUCCCGAGAAUGGACAGGAGCAGCAGAAGCCUUCCUGCAAUGAGGAACAGUCUGGAACAGCAACUCCUGACCCGGAGGAAGCUGCGGCGAGCAGCGGCUUUGUUGCAGUGAACUUUAGCCCUGUGCCUCAGGAGGCGGACUCUCAGGAGUGGGUGAUGCUGGAGCUGGAGCAGGUCAACAGCUCAGGAGGAGGCAAACUUCAGGCAGCAUCCCAAUGCGAGGACAAGUCAGGCCCCUGUGGGGCUGAAAGAGCUGAGAAUAAGUCCAAUGAGCCGGAUGGCGAGGCCAGUCCUGCAGUACCCAACAGCCCAGUCCUGUUACAGAUGGCGGUGCCCGGCACAUGGUUACUGGGCCACAGGAGGCUGCCGGGGAUGCUGGGACAGAUGCCUUCUGUCUUAAUGGGGAGAUCCCAGAUGGAGCAGAAGAAUGAUGAAGCACCUAGCUGCAAACCUGAGGAAGUUGCUGAGGAAGGCUUGAAGGACAGAAGGAGGUUGGACUCAGUGCCAGAGUUAAUCCCUGCCAAAGGCCCUACGUCUCACCUGACCAACGACAGAGACCCAGAAAGCGAUUCAGGUUUGCCUGACCGCUCCUCAGAGCCAAAUCAGCAGCCUCCUGCUGACACAGCAGGGGGCGCCGUGGAGAGCACCGUCACCGUCUCAUCUUCCCCGCCUCCUGCUCUGCUAAAACGAAGGGACUCCCCGUCUUCUCCGAGACUAAGUCGGAUCCCGGUGAGAGAUCCCAGCAAUCCGCUGGACUCUCCGAGCAGGGACCCGAAUGUGGAGCGACGCCACCGCUGGAGCAGCCCAGUGGUCGGCUCUCCCACACACUCUCCCUCUCCCUCUUUGUCCUGUGACAACCUGCCCUGCGCUCUGCCCAGAGACAGGCUUUCCUCAGAACGUGGCUCUAGGUCUGACUGUGUGGGAGAAGACCCCCUGUCCCUAUCCUCCUCAUCCGGAAGUAGAAGUAAAAUCCCUCGUCCUGUCAGCGCCACGUUUCUCCCGGAGCAGCUCAGCGGAAGGUUUUUGCCUCGGCCACCUCCUGGGAAACCCCCAGUCCGUCCAUGUGUGGACAGCAGACGGCGGCGUCUGAGGGUGCGCGCCAGCAGCACCAGCGACGCAGACUUUCUCGCCAGCCUGACCCAGCUGAUGCAGGAUCGUGGCGGGAUGCUCUUCAGCCCUCCUCCUCGCCCUCGCAGCUCCUCCUCCCUGCAGCGCUCUUUAAGCUCCUCCCCCUCCCGACAGGAGCUCCGUGACAGCACCGCCCUGCAGGAACGUAGCCGCUCUCCAUCAAGUCUGUCGGGCUCCCCGCCCCCUCGACACCCUCAGCCGCAGGACAGGGCCUCUCCGGGGCCGGCCCAGUGGGGUCUUGGCUCCAGAGGAAAAGCUCUGCUCUAUGAGGGUAAAGCCUACGGAAAAUUGACUUGAUGACUGAACUCACAUACGACUGACUCACCCCAACCACCAUGUCUGUUAGCAUGUGUAAAUAUAACAUUUACUGAAGGGAAUGUACUGUAUUUAAUGUAAAAUGUAUGAUAAAAAUGUAUUUAUUUAUUUAUUCAGAUGUGAAAAAGUGGAGAAAAUGUCAAGAUUGCCAACUUUACCUCUCAUUUCACUCUAAUCAAUCUAUAUUUAGGACUAAUGAAACCAAAAUAAUCAUGUUUAAUACUUAAGAUGUAAAAUAAACCCAACUAACUGUAGAUAUGUACUAUUAGCAAAAAGAGCACUAAAUAUAUAAACCAUGUGUUCACUGUAGAACCACUAGAACGGUAACCAACCAUGCAAUCGGUUUGUGUAAAUCAGCAUUAAUGUACAGAGCCGGCGCAUGCUGCACAGACGUCAUGUCCUCAGACGACUAAUCCUUGUAUUUGAUGAGAAGCUGCUCAUUUUUUGCUUAUCUUAGUGUUGUAGUGUGCUUUUACUUUUAUAGGAAGAUAUUAUCACGCUCUACCAGCUUCUAAGAAUGUAUGUUAAGAGCAGUAUUGUAAUCAUGCAUGAAUAUCCUUACAUAGUUUUUUUUUAUUUUAUUUAUUUGUACAAUCUGCUGAAGCAUAUAUGUGUUUUACUGAACUGGUUCUGAUUUAAUUUAAUGGAAUAUGGAAUGUCUUUCAGGUGUUAGUUGAGGCGGGUGUGGUGGUAAAUGGAAUACUUGACCAGAUAUAAAAGGAGAGAAAAUUAGAAACUAUGUGGAUCUGAAUGGAAACUAAACAUAUUUCAAUAAAGGUAGAUUUGACCGGUACAGUCAA